AAAACCAGCAAUUUCCAAACCCAAAAAAAGACUCUACCUUUCUCCUUCAAACUCUCUCUCAAAACCCGACCCGAACAUGGCUCCAUUUCCAAAACCGGGUCUAAUCCCAAUCCUCCUCCUCCUCCUCCUCCUCUCCGCCGCCCCAAGACUCUCCCUUUCCGACUCCACCGUCUUCGAGCUCCUCCCCAAGUACGGCCUCCCCAGCGGUCUCCUCCCCGCCUCCGUCUCCAACUACACUUUAUCCGACGACGGCCGAUUCGUCGUCGUUUUGGACAAGCCCUGCUACAUCCAGUUCGAGUACUUGGUCUACUACGAGACCAAGAUCACCGGAAAACUCAGCUACGGCGCGAUCACGGAUCUCAAGGGCAUUCAGGUCCAAAGACUUUUCUUUUGGUUCGACGUCGAUGAGAUCCGGGUCGAUUUGCCGCCGUCCGAUAGCAUCUAUUUCACGGUUGGGAUCAUCAACAAGAAGCUCGAUGUUGAUCAGUUCCAGAGUGUUCAUUCUUGCCGAGAUGGGCUUUCGGGUUCGGGUUCGGGUUCUUGUCUCGGGUCGUUGAAACGGGUCAUUCAGCUUCCGUCUCCACUGGAAGAAGAGAUAAAGAUGCUACUUACUGAGUAGCUGACACCAUCAAGUGAAACCGACAAAGUCCUACUCGACACUUUAAGAAUCAGAAGCCUAGACUUACAAGCAGUGGUUUGGUUGUAGAAAAAUCGAACGGAAUGUACCCUACUGGACAUGUUCCAUAGUUAUUUUCCCACAUGGGUAUUGUUACUAGUGUUACUGGUUACAACUGUGUAGUUUGUAUCGACAGUACUAUAUAUGAAGGAAUCUUGUAUAUUAGUUUAAAUGUUGCAUGUACACAUCAAUGCCCCAUCAAGGCUGUAAGCUGAAACUGUUAAAGGUACUUUGAUGUUGAAGUUGAAUCGCUGCUAACAUCAUGAUGUUGUAGACGAGUUGAUGAAUCGAAGCCAAAAGGUUUUCCUUCUUUU